AUGGCAUCGUCGCUAGCUUCAUCAGUGUCUUCUCUACAAUCCUCGUUGCAGCGCCUCGACAACGCGAUCACAACGCUCGACUCCGGCGUCAAUGAUUUCCCCCGCCUUUGCAAAGUCCUCCAGACAACACGGCACUUUGAGCUUCUUCCCGAACCAACCCUCCGCGAAGCACAGCAAUCCCUCCUCGACGAAAUCACUCCAAGUAUCGCCCACCUGCUCUCUCUCGCUUCAAACCACGUCGAGAAACUUGCCCGGCGUGAAGAGGGUCUCAAAGCCAAAUGUGAUCUGCAAGAAGGCCGGCUUUCGUCCAACUCGGAGGACCGCGCGUCUGCGAAUCGCGCCCAGGCUCAAAGCAAUGCUGCAGCGCGGGCCCGCCAAGCGGGGUCGAACAGUGCGGCCCACAAGGCGCUCGAACUGCGCCGACUCGUGCAGAAGAAGGAGCGAUUGAAGUACGCGGUGGAUAGAUUAGAGUUGCAGAGUACCCAGCGCGAGAGGCAGUUGAGGAAGAGUAUGGCGACGCAGUGA